UUUGUAACUGCUUUACAAAUAUUUGAAUACUGCGGCGCUGAUAGCUCGAGUAAUUUGCGCGUUGAUGCACUAAUGGAUAAGUUCGCUCCUUUCAUCAAAACGAACAAGUCAGAAUAUAGCCACCUGAAGUCAAUAUUGGACCCAGGCCACGAUAAUCCAGAAAUAAAUGUAAACAUGCUUGCAACUGCACUAAAUAAGUACAGUGAAAGCCAGAAAACAAAAGUUGACCUUGAUGAGAGUUUCAAUUUGAAGAUGGGGCAGGCACCACAUGAUUCUGAUUCAGGAAUAUCCACAGAUGGUUAUCAACUGCUAGAAGAAUUGCAGUCUGAACUGCGUGAGAAGACACAUCUGGCACACCAGCUACGCAGCCAGCUCGAAUUCACCGACCGCCAGCAUGAGGAGGUGCUUGCCACCGUCACCGCUGAGCGGGACUCACUAAGGGGACAUCUUAAUAUGCUCCGCGAGGAGAACAUGACCCUGUCGCACGUGCGGCUCGACUACGAGGAAGCGUGCGAGAGACUGUGCGGCAGCGAACAGGCGCUCGGCAGAACUCGCCGCGACCUGGACGCAGCCACGCGAAGACUCGGACGGCUGCAGCACCACGCCGCCGCACUCGAGAACGAGAAACAAAUACUACAAGAACUACUGACAAAAUCCAAAGAAGAAUGUCAUCGCAUCAACGAAAUGUACGCGAGCAGACAAUCGUCCUUACUGGAGGAGAAUGAGACUCUCAAAACAGAACAUGCCGAUCUCGCCGCGCGGCUACAGGACCAGGAGGAGUUUAUGCAGCAGUUGAUAAAGGAAAAAGUACAUCUGGAAAUGGAGUUAACAGAUGUGCUGAACAAAUCCAACCAGACUCAGCUGAAAAUAGACCGGUCCAUAGACAUCAGUUAUACAGAAGACCAGAUGUUGAAUGCACUUGACAGUCUUAACGCCGACAGUAGAUUCUCACAAGAUACAGCUUCAGUAGGAACGCAAGCGCAGGUGUCUUGUGAGGAUUGUGAGAAGCGUAAAGCGAUCGCACACCACAAAAGUCUGAGGAAGUAUUUCUGGGAACCGCUAAAGAGUCUUUUCCAAGUAUUCGCCGUGAUCUGCUUUAUAUGCGCGGUAUGCAUGCUGUACGGCGUGGUGCGUCGCCGCGACUCGUGCGUCUCGCGGGGCUCCAGCGACGGCCGCGGAGCCCUGCCCUGGCGCUGGCUGCAACCCCAGGACCUAAUGGAUCUGCUACUCCGCAUUGAAUAUGUCGCAGAUGUCCCUAUGUAAGGACUUAGCUUCCUUCCUAUGAUGCAUGUUGCUUCGAAAAUCCCUGUGAGGCAUUGUGAAGUUUAAACUUUUUGAAUAUUCGACUCGUUUGGAUGUUGAUAAUUUCGAAAUUAAAAUAAUUUAUGCAUAUAGUAAAUUUUUUAAAACAUGAAAACACGGUAAAAAUAUAUAAUCAUCAUCCUUACAGUCUAGUCUAGAGCUGGCAAGCAACUCAAAUGGUGCAUUUUUUUGUCUUUUGCAUAUUGCAUUUAGUUAGAAUAUAUAUAUAAUAUUUAAGAUAUUGAAAAUCCACUAACUAAACACUCACAUUAAGGUUUUUAAAUACCAGUUUGUUUAUUGCAGUAUAGGACCAACAAAUUAUUGUCUUGUUGUUUUACCCUCGACCCGGGAGUCGUGACCUACAUUGUAAUACAUGACAUUAUAUUAGAUACUUUAUUCUUUAAUUGUAAAGAUAGAGAAUAACAUCUGUCAAGGACAAUCAGGUUAUUUCCGAAAACUAUUUCUAAUUUUAGAAAUGACCUAACUUUAGUCCUGUAAUUUCAGAAUUUGCUCAAUUGUGAGUGUCGCCAAUUUUAAAGUUAUCGUUUUCUAUAAA